AUGUACAAACCGAAAAACGAUCAAGCAGAGGAAAUACCACGGCAAAGUAAAGCCCUUCAUGGAUCGCCAUCGACAGAUAGCGAUGCUGUCAUUAUGAAAUCCUACCAGUCGUUGGUGAAAGCCGAACUAAAAAGCAAUACAGAAGUAUUAAUUAUAGCAACACAGGGGCAGGCAACAGAUCCAUCGAAAAAAGGAUCUAUCACACUUGACAGGACUUUAGAUGAAGGACAACAUACACUAAAAAACAUCAAGUAG